UUUUUUUAAACGGGUAAAAAGGCACUGUCAGUGCGAGUGUUUGUUUUAAUUGGGGGCGCCAAAGUGUGUGGAUUAUUAUUAUAGCUAAGUUUGUUGAAUAAUGUGGUGGAUAAGGGUACAAAAAUAGGUCGGUAAGUGUUGGAGUUGUCGGUGACGGCAAUGUAAUAAAUGCUUCCGGAAUAUUCCAGAGGAGUCGCGAAUUUAGAAAUUUAUAACCUUUAAAUAUAAGCAGCUCGAGCACGAAAUCGCAGUUCAUUUGGCUGUCGGUCGUUGUGCGUGUCACUCGUCCGUUCGUUUGACAAUAAUCGGGUGGUACGUGCGUGUUUCCCAACCCUCAGUGCUUGAAAAUGGGCAAAGAUUACUACAAAAUCCUCGGACUUAGCAAAGGUGCCAGUGACGACGACAUCAAAAAGGCCUACCGAAAGCUGGCCCUGAAGUACCACCCCGACAAGAACAAGGCCCCGGGGGCGGAGGAGCGCUUCAAGGAGGUGGCCGAGGCGUACGAGGUGCUCUCGGACAAGAAGAAGCGCGACAUCUACGACAGCUACGGCGAGGAGGGCCUGAAGGGCGGAGUUCCGGGCAACUCCGGCUUCGGCAACUCCAGCUUCAGCUACACCUACCAUGGGGACCCGCGCGCCACCUUCGCGCAGUUCUUCGGGAACGCGAGUCCCUUCGCGGCGUUCUUCAGCGGAAAUCACAGCAUGUUCGGGUUCCCGGACGACGACAUGGACGUGGACGACCCCUUCGCGUCGCUCAACGUGGGCCCGACGCGGGCGGGGCCUGGCGGCGCCUUCCGGAGCCACUCGUUCAAUUUCCACGGCACCCCCAAUCGGAGCAAGGAUAAGGUGCAGGACCCGCCCAUCGAGCACGACCUCUACGUCUCGUUGGAGGACAUCACGAAGGGCUGCACCAAGAAGAUGAAGAUCAGUCGGAGGGUGCUGCAGGCGGACGGGACGGCCAAGAAGGAGGACAAGGUCUUGACGAUAAAUGUGAAGCCGGGGUGGAAGGCGGGGACGAAAAUUACAUUCCAGCGGGAGGGGGAUCAGGGGAGGAAUAAGAUCCCGGCUGAUAUUGUUUUUAUUAUCAGGGACAAGCCGCAUCCUUUGUUCAAGCGCGAAGGGAGCGAUAUCAGAUACACGGCGAAAAUCUCACUCAAACAGGCUUUGUGUGGUUGCACUAUUGAGGUUCCUACGAUGUCUUCCACGAAGAUACCUCUGCAUUACACCUCGGAGAUUAUUAAACCAAAUACGGUGAGGCGCAUCCAGGGCUAUGGGCUGCCCCUACCGAAGGAACCCUCCCGCAGGGGCGACUUGAUAGUUAACUUCGAUAUCAGGUUUCCCGAGGCUCUCACGCAGUCGGCUAAAGAUAUACUAUACGAUACUCUUCCGAACUAAGUGAAUUCUGUGAAAGGAGCAUAAGUGUAUUGUACGUUUUAGUACAAGCGAGUGAAUGAGGUAUUUUUGUAAUUGAAUGUAAAUAAUGCUUAUUAAAAUGUAUUAUAACGCAACCGCGGGUCGGAUAUGUAUUUUUAAGUCUGACUUGCACCGCUCAAGAUCUAAUUGUACAUAAUCGUCGAAAAAGUAUUGUAUAUAUAAUGAAAGCCGAUGGAAGUGCAUGAACUCGCCUGCAGAAAUUAUUUAUUUUUUUAAAGAUUUUAAUUUGUUGUUAUUGUUGUUCCUAGUAACGACGCGCUAAAAUGAUGACUAAUUAAUUUUGUAACUUGAGAGUAAUAAAGAAGUUUAUUUAAA